AUGGUCUCGGAUUACCCCAUCGGCCCUCCAGGUCUUACCAUCGAAGCUACGGAAGAAGCCUAUACCGAGAUUGAAAGAGCCGACAUGAGCGAUCUUGACGUGCCUGGCUUCGAAGGGCCUAUGAAAGCAUGGGAAUUGAGAUCUGCGAAGCGUAUGAUCGAGAUAGAACAGAAGGAGACGGGCAAGCGAAAGAGACGCAGACAAGCUUCGACCAAGAUGUACCUCGAACUGUUCGAUGCGAACGCGAACUUGGCCAAGGAUCACUUCAUCGCGACACACGAAAAGCAAGCCGAAGAGGAAGUGCGCGUCAAGGACGCCGAAGAAGAAAAAGAACGCAAGAAGGACAUGCAGCGAAAGCGUCGGCGCGAGAGAACACUGCUCAACGAGACGGCCAAGCGUGAUGAAGCGAUCGAGAAGCUCAAAGACCUCGAGGAUGAAGACGAAAAAUCGCGCCUGCUCAAGGACGUCCAGAAAUAUGGUAAGAAGAUACGGAAUACCGAAGACCUCCUACAUGGCCGCCUUCCCAGCAAAGCUCUCCUCGGAGACUCGCCCGGGCCUCCCAACCUCGAAGGGGGCUUCAUGUCGUCUUUCCAAGCUAAUGACGACCUUUCAACAGAUGCCAAAGCGAAGAAAGGCGCCAAAGGAUACCGUCCACGCAAGAGCAAGGCACAGAAACAAGCCGAGAAAGACAGCGCCGCCCAAGCACAAGCCCUCAUGGACCGCGGCGAGGAUAUGCCCCCGAUCACCCCGAGAGAAGAAUUGCGACUCCGAAGUCUGCGCGGUACCUCUAGCGAUGGUAUGGAAGGAACACCCAUGGAAGACAUCGAGCCUGGAGAAAAGACGUAUGACCAGCUGUAUCGCGAAGCCUGGAAGGACAUAUCUGUCAGCGCCUCUAAAAUUGCUCGCUCCAGACUCCAAGCACUCGAGGUCAAGCAAGGAAACAUGCGCAAGACGGCUCAGCUGGCCUCCAAAGAGGCACGUCGUUGGCAACUCCGCACGAACAAGAGCACCAAAGAUGUACAGGCUCGCGCCAAGCGUGCUAUGCGUGAGAUGCUCUCCUUCUGGAAGCGUAACGAGCGCGACGAGCGUGACCAGCGCAAGAUGGCCGAGAAGCAAGAGUUGGAGAAUGCCAAACGUGCCGAAGCCGAGCGCGAAGCAAAUCGCCAAAAGAGAAAGCUGAACUUCUUGAUCUCUCAAACAGAACUGUACUCGCAUUUCAUCGGCAAGAAGGUCAAGACAGACGAAGUCGAAAACUCUACUAAUGAUGCCUCUGUUUCGGACCAAGCAAUCAGGCCUGGUCCUGCUAGUGCCAAUACCAUCGAUCUCCCUGACAGUGUCGCCGACCUCAGCACCAAGGUUACGAACUUCGAGGAUCUUGAUUUCGAUGCUGAGGAUGAGACUGCCUUGCGCCAGGCUGCUAUGGCAAAUGCUCAAAACGCCGUCCAGGAGGCACAAGACAGAGCGCGCGCUUUCAAUGAUCCAAACGGAGAGAACAAGAUGUCACAGUUCGACGAUGGCGAAAUGAACUUCCAAAAUCCUACCAGUCUGCAAACUAUGGACGUCGCUCAACCAAACAUGCUCACAUGUCAGCUGAAGGAAUACCAACUGAAGGGUCUCAACUGGUUGGUUAACCUAUACGAGCAAGGUAUCAACGGUAUCCUGGCCGACGAAAUGGGUCUAGGAAAGACAGUCCAGUCUAUCUCAGUCAUGGCGUACCUGGCCGAAGUCCACAACAUUUGGGGACCUUUCCUGGUCAUCGCUCCAGCCUCGACACUCCACAACUGGCAACAGGAAAUUGCCAAGUUCGUUCCUACCCUCAAAGUCCUGCCAUACUGGGGUAACGCAAAGGAUCGUAAGGUCCUGCGCAAGUUCUGGGACCGCAAGCAUAUUACUUACAACCGAGAAUCGUCUUUCCACGUCUUGGUAACAUCGUAUCAGCUUGUGGUGCAAGACACGCCUUACUUCCAAAAGAUUCGCUGGCAAUACAUGAUUCUGGAUGAAGCUCAAGCUAUCAAGUCUUCUUCCAGUUCGAGAUGGAAGGCUCUGUUAGGAUUCCACUGCCGUAAUCGCCUACUUCUGACUGGUACACCAAUUCAGAACAACAUGCAAGAGCUGUGGGCUUUGCUGCAUUUCAUCAUGCCUAGUUUGUUCGAUUCGCACGAUGAGUUCAGUGACUGGUUCUCGAAGGACAUCGAGAGUCACGCGCAAAGCAAUACAAAGCUUAACGAGGAUCAGCUCAAGAGAUUGCACAUGAUCCUUAAGCCUUUCAUGUUGCGCCGUGUCAAGAAACAUGUUCAGAAGGAACUUGGCGACAAGGUGGAGAAGGACGUAUACUGCGAUCUCACAUACCGUCAACGAGCGCUUUAUGCCAACUUGCGAAACAAGAUCAGCAUCUUGGACCUCAUUGAAAAGGCAGCUGUCGGGGAUGAUCAGGAUACUGCAACAUUGAUGAACUUGGUCAUGCAAUUCAGAAAGGUCUGCAAUCAUCCCGACUUGUUUGAGCGUGCAGACACCACUUCGCCGCUUGCUGUCUCAUACUGGGCAGAGACAGCUUCUUUCAGCAGAGAGGGCAACUUCGUCAAUCUAGCGUACUCGGUUCGCAGUCUAAUAGAGUACUGGCUACCAAAACAGCUUGGCUCUGAAGGCGGUCGUCUUGAUCUGGCUGGACCCGAUAACUUGCAUGCUGGCUGGAGGAACAAAUGGCUGAAGCAUAAGAUGAGCAUUUGGAACCCUGAGCACGUCAAGAACAACACCAAGAGUGCAGAAGCAUUUUCAUGGUUGCGAUUCGUCGACCAGUCCGCUAGCGAGGUUUCUCGAGCAGCCCACAACGGCAUCUUCGAUCGUGCAGUCGAGCUUGAAAGGCAGUCGAAGCGCCGUACCUUCUUCCAACAAGGCGACUAUCUCGAAGCCAGGGAGCGCUAUGUGCCUGCGCACUCUAUGCUCAAUGUGGUUCAGCAUUCAAAACCAAGCUUGGUCGCAGAUGUGUCGGGCGAGGGUUAUUUGAGCAACCUCAUGAACGUCUCACGACUGGCAGUGAAGCAGACUGGUUACAGCGAUAUUGAGCCUUGCAGUCUCCCAACAGCAGCUGCACCUCCGAUUGAGCUUGUGUGCCCAAGUCAGCACUCUAUCGUGGAGAAGGAGACCACAUUCUUCAAUGCCCCCAUGCGAAGCACCCUCAACCCUAUCACAUUGGAGGCCGAACACGCACUUUUGUCAAACAAGAUCGCACCAUCUGAUUAUCCUAUUGUCAAUAUGCUACCUGAGCCCAUCAACAAGAAGCAGGGAUACACAACAAUCGAGGUCCCGAGCAUGCGUCGCUUCGUCACAGACUCCGGCAAGUUGGCCCAACUAGACAAGCUUCUGAGACAACUUAAGGAGGGUGGUCAUCGUGUCUUGCUCUACUUCCAGAUGACACGUAUGAUCGACUUGAUGGAGGAGUAUCUUACAUACCGCAACUACAAAUACUGCCGUUUGGACGGUUCGACAAAGCUGGAAGACCGUAGAGACACUGUCGCGGCCUUCCAAUCGACACCCGAGAUCUUCGUCUUCCUUCUCAGUACUCGUGCUGGUGGUCUUGGUAUCAACCUUACCUCUGCUGACACUGUCAUCUUCUACGACAGUGAUUGGAACCCUACCAUCGAUUCACAAGCCAUGGAUCGUGCUCAUCGUCUGGGUCAGACAAGACAAGUCACAGUUUAUCGUCUUAUCACACGUGGUACGAUCGAAGAGCGCAUCCGCAAGCGUGCUCUGCAGAAGGAAGAAGUGCAACGUGUGGUCAUUACUGGUGGCGCAGGUGCUACAAGUGGUGACAAGGGUGUUGACUUCAACGGACGCACUACCAGAGAAAAUCGCACCAAGGACAUCGCUCUAUGGCUCGCUGAUGAUGACCAAGCUGCUGAGAUCGAGCGCAAAGAAGCCGAAUUUGCUGAGCAAGAAGCGAAAGAGCCGAACAAGUCCAAGAAGAGGAAGGCUCCCACCAAGAAAAAGGAAAUCAGUAUGGACGACAUGUACCAUGAAGGUGAGGGCAAAUUCGACGAUGACCACAGCAACAAACCUUCUGGAGCAGCAACUCCAGUGCCUGCAGCCGCUGACGGUCCGCCAUCGAAGAAGAAGAAGACUUCUGGCAAGAAGGCGAAGACGCUUAAACAACGUCUUGCGAUAGCUGACGGCGACGUUGAUGGCGGUAUGGCCUCAUGA